CAGGAAUUGAGACAGCUCGGGAGAAACGUGUAGUGGAAGAAGACGGUGGAUCCGGAAUCUUUACAAAUUGCACGCACAUUUUCGGAGAAGCUAAAGCCUUUUGUUUUUAGUCUAAGCAAGCGGUGAGUAGCGCAAGGGCCCAGAGCAGGUGGACGUUACCAUGGAUGAGUUACAGGAUGUGCAGCUGACUGAAAUCAGACCACUGCUGACUAACAAGAACACUCGUAAUUUUCAGGACUUCGACUGUCAGGAGCAUGACAUCGAGACUCCGCAUGGCGUCCUCCACGUCACCAUGCGCGGAACCCCCAAGGGCAACAGACCGGUCAUCCUCACUUAUCACGAUAUCGGCCUGAACCAUAAGUCCUGCUUCAACACACUCUUCAACUUCGAAGACAUGCAGGAGAUCACACAGCACUUCGCAGUUGUCCAUGUGGACGCACCUGGGCAGCAAGAGAAUGCCCCCCCAUUCCCUGCUGGGUACCAGUACCCCAGCAUGGAGGAGCUUGCCGAGAUGCUCCCUUCUGUUUUAACACACCUGAAAAUAAGCAGCAUUAUGGGGAUUGGCGUGGGAGCUGGGGCCUACAUUCUGACCACACUGGCGCUCAACCAGCCCAACCUGGUGGAGGGAUUGGUGCUCAUCAAUAUCGAUCCUUGUGCAAAAGGUUGGAUCGACUGGGCAGCUUCAAAGCUCACUGGAUGGACAAGCAAUUUAGUGGACAUUGUGAUGGCUCAUCACUUCAGUCAUGAGGAGCUUCAGGAUAAUCAGGAGCUGAUCCAGACGUAUCGCCUUCACAUUGCACAGGACAUCAAUCAGGACAACCUGAAUCUUUUCUUCACCUCUUACAACAGCCGUCAUGAUCUUGAGAUUGAGAGACCUAUCCCCGGCCUGAAUGAAGACACAGUGAGCACGCUCAAGUGCCCUGCCUUGCUGGUUGUUGGUGACACCUCACCAGCAGUAGAGGCCGUGGUUGAGUGCAAUUCCAGAUUAAAUCCUACAAAAACAACAUUGUUGAAGAUGGCAGACUGUGGAGGGCUGCCUCAGGUUGUUCAACCUGGCAAGCUAGCAGAGGCCUUCAAGUACUUUGUUCAGGGAAUGGGCUACAUCCCUUACGUUCAGCUCAGCCACCUGAACAGCGAAUCAGUGCCCACAGCCAGCAUGACCCGGCUCGUCCGCUCGCGCACCCACUCCUCGUCCAGCGUGGGAUCCGCGGACGGGGCCCGCAGCCGCUCCCAGACCGGCAACCAAGUGGAGGGGGCCGGGGCCGCCGCCGCCGGCAACGACACCCAGGCCAGGCCUCAGACCAUGGAGGUCUCCUGCUAAGACGCGCCAGUCGGCUGGCCCUCCCUCCCCUGCGUUCCUCUUCCUGCCAGUUCCCCCCCGCCCCCAGCUCAGCGAGCGCUGUAGGGAGCCACAUUAUAAAGAUCGACACAUCCCGUAGACGCCUUCCAGUCAUAAGAGCAGUGAGGACAACAAGACAAAAAAAUGUCAAGAGCUUGCCAUCUUCCACCAAGUACCCAGUUAUUGUUUCCCAGUGGUGUGUGCAUGCCUCCGGUGUCAGUCUGACAGCGGUUAUUUUGGCGUUUUAACCUUUUAUUUUUGUCUGUUAAGUCUCGGGGUUUUUUUCACUGGGCUGAAAAUGAUUAAGAAACCAGACGUUACUACGGCUGGGGAGGAAACAGAAUCAUGACAAGACGAGCGAAGGAAGAUUAAUUUGCCUUUUUGUUGGCCCACUGCUGCAGUAGUCUUCCCUUGCAGCUUGUGGAUUAAGAACACACAAAGCAGUCGGCUCUCUCUUUCAUCUCCGUCUGUGAGCUCUCUUUCACUUGGCUCUUUGUUCCCAGAUACUACACACACGUGCUCAUACAGUACAUGAACACAGACUUUUUUUUUUUACGCCAUCGUGCUUUGUGAAAAUUCAGUGCUCGCUUCCUUCAAUCGAGAAAUGUAGUGUGACAUUGUUCUAGUCCAGUACCUUUUUAUAACGCAGUUAUGGCAUGGCGAAAGUGUAGGAGUAUAUUUGUCAGGUUUCUUUAGGUCUGUUACUUAAGUGUUUUCACUGGUACUAGCAUCUAAAGUAUUUUCACCCCCAAGACGGUUGUGUUUGAGUUGCAGAUUUUUGAUUUGUGGACCAAAGCUUACAUCUGAAACAGGAGAGAACUGUAAUGUAAAGUGAAGCCCGUGUUAAAAAGGUGUCAGACACUGGGGAAACGAACAGACAGAUGGAAAAUUGAGAUGAAGUUCACCAUUACAGCACCUGGAUGUCUUCAGUGUUGUACUGAACAGCUUGUCAACAAUGCUGUGUCUGCAUUUGACAGGCCAACAGGUCUUUUAAAAUAGAGUAAUUUCUGUGGUUAAAGGCAGUUUUUGUCUCUACGCCUUUACCAAAAAAAACAAUUAACAGUAGCAAUGAAAUCUGCCAAGUCUCAAUAUAUCCUCGAGUCCAGGGUAAUAUUAGAAGCCUUUUCUGUCUGUACUCUAUUAACACAGGUUUCAUUAUAUGAACAAAUUUACAUGCAUGAAUAACUAUAAGUUGAGAGGCACAUGUAGAGGUGCAACAAUAUUUAUGUACUUAAACCUAGACUGUUAGUAAAGCUUUCCUUAUUAGUAGUUGGCAGGAAAGACGAGCCAUUGUUCUUUGUUUUUAAUGGGAUCCUAAAUUACUUUAAAGUACCAUAAUCAUGAAACAUCUUUUGAAUAUAUUUGAUGAGCUUUUGCAGUGUAUCUGAAGCUUUGCAUUGUAGUGUUUCAAUCAAGGAAAGGAAACUGAACAGCACUUAAUUUUUUCAUUCACUUUCUUGGUUAAUUGCAUUUUAAGAUUAAACUUUAUUCAUUUUUAGCGUGACGAAAAACAAAAAGA